AUGUUCCAUGUUAUACGGUUGUGUUGCUUUUCCGGCCUUACGUGGGCCGUGCGGGUCAGCAACGACGAAAUUGAUCAGCUCAAUGUCGGCGAUGGCCCAGCAAUCCACUGGCACGACUCAGCCGGAUGCCGUGAGGUCAAGGAAUUUGCCCCUGAGCCAGCGGUGCUAAAGAUCAACCUCGACUUGUCCAAGGUGUGGUCGAUGCUUCGUGGCAAGGCUCUGGUCGCGAUUGGAGGCAUUGACGAGAUGAAUGCCAAGAUCAAACUGCGCCUCAAGAAGUCAGUGGGUGCGCAGGAGAUCGACGUCCGAGUUUUGCCCGACACGGUGCUCAGCGGUGAUUUGGAGGAUGUGAAGAUGUCUGUUCCUGGCACUCCAACGGCGUCCUUCAGCAACGUGUCGUUCAAGGCAACGUCAAAAGACUCGAGUCUGCCCAUGCUGGCUUUGUCCGCAGCAGUCGUCAAGGAGAACGGCAGCAGCAGUUUGAGGUUCCCCAAAGAGGAUAGAGAUCUGAACCUUGCAUUCGAGAAGCUGCAGGUCCGAGGGAACGGAUACUGGAGUGGGACCGUGGCCCGAAUCACGAACCUGCUCAGUCGGGCGGGUGCCGUCAACAUCAAGGCUUUCCAGCAACUUGCCGCCGCCCUGGUUUUCCGCUUUGUGGUGAACUUUGCAAACGAAGCUCUGCCGUCGGAGCUGAUGGCCAUGCUUGGGAGCGAGGAGCACGGCUUCGUUGUUGAGUUUCUGAUGAACGUGGAGUUCUACGGGAAGGACGAUCCCAGGGAUCCGGGCCUCGCCUUCCGGGUGGUGACCAGGGACUUUGCGAUCGAAGCGACGCAUCGAGGCCUCGCAGACUUUGUGAACGGGGCUUUUGAUGGGCUUAAGAUCUUGGGAUUGUCCGAUGACUUUGAAAAGUCGCGUGAGAACCUCUUGAAGAUGGCAAUAAAAGAAGACCUCAACAUGGACGUGAAUGUAACGGCAACUACGCCUUUCGCCUAUUUGCCUGACAGUCCCAGUGGCUGGGGACCCGUCUUCUUCCUCAAGGUGAAAAUGGACAUGGACUCCCAGGGAAAUGGAUGGGGCGAGGAGGAGCGCUUGGCUGCAGGCCAGGGUCCGCAGCCGCAGAUCCAGCCCUCGAGGCCGGAAUGCCUGAGUGGCAAGAGCUGGACUGAUGUCUCACCCGAGUGCCGGAGCCGUGUGAUGCUUAUGCGAGCGCUCAGCAAAGCAGAAGACUUGGAUGAUCUUGCCCUCGAACAGUGGAUGCAGCUGUUUGGGACAUGGGUGCACACGGCCUUGAAGAACACAUUCCCUUUUCUCUUCCGCAAGCCUUUGGCGACUGAAGUCGUUGCUACAGAGGAGAGGUGGAAACAGAACUGCAGCUACGCGAUGCUGUCCGUCCCUCCCGGGGAGUGGUGGACUCCGAUCUUGGCAGUUCGUGAAGUUCUGCAAAUCUAUAAUCCGCACGUGUCGGAGCUUCAUGAGAUUCUGCGGAACUUCAACAUUCGUCUCAAGAUCCGCCAGACGAUCUACGCUAGUGACGUGCAUCCAGAAGCCGGUUCCAUGGUGGCGAUCAGUGACAGGGGAGAAGGCGUGCCCGCACUGAAGGUGGGUUAUCUCGGGAAGUGGAACGACCUCCUGAAGCUGGUUCCACCUGGAAUCCUGUACUUGUAG